AUCUAAUUAGGAAAAAAAAUAGCGCCUCUUAUAUAAAUACCUUCCGAACAAGAAGCUAAGUGGAAUGUAAGACCAAGACAAAAAAACAAUUUUUUCUUCAGAAGUUUCCUUUGUCUUCUCCAAAUGGAAUGGACGAGGGGAAGAACAUUAGGCCGCGGCUCCUCCGCCACCGUCUACGCUGCCACGUGUCACAAUUCUGGCGAAAUAAUCGCCGUGAAAUCCGCCGAGCUCUCGCGGUCAGGGUUCUUGCAAAGAGAAGCCAAGAUCCUGUCAUCUCUGAACUCUCCGUACGUUGUCGGAUACAGGGGAUGUCAUAUUACCAAAAUGCGCUCCGACUCCGCCGUGUAUAACCUCCUCAUGGAAUACGCUCCGUCCGGCACGGUGGCGGACGUGGCGGCGAAGAACGGCAGCGGGCUCGGCGAAACCAUGUUCGCGAAGUACACGCGCCAAAUAAUUCGGGGAUUAGAGUAUCUUCACUCCAAAGGCAUCGUUCAUUGUGACAUCAAGGGAAGUAAUGUCCUGAUCGGAGAAAGCGGCGACGCCAUGAUCGCGGAUUUCGGGUGCGCGAAACGGGUCGACCCGGAACCUGAUUCAGCCGAACCGAUUCGGGGGACGCCGGCGUUCAUGGCGCCGGAGGCGGCGCGUGGGGAGAAACAGGGGAAGGAGAGUGAUAUAUGGGCCGUGGGGUGUACGGUCAUAGAGAUGGCCACUGGUUCUCCGCCGUGGACUGCGGAAGCCGGCGACCCAUUCUCGGUGAUUUACCGGGUCGGCUAUUCGGGUGAGUCGCCGGAGAUACCAUGCUUUCUUACGGAACAGGCGAAGGAUUUCCUGCGAAGGUGUCUCGAGAGAAAACCAGAAGAGAGAUGGACGGCGAGCCAGCUUCUAAACCAUCCGUUUGUUUGUAAACCGGAUCCAGAACCGGGUCUGAUUCCCGGUUCGAUUUCGAAUUCGCCGACGAGUGUGAUGGAUCAGUUGUUUUGGAGGUCGGUGGAGGAAGAGGAGGAUCUGGGCCAUCCAAGUAGGUGGGUUUCUCACGAUGAGAGGAUCGGACGGUUGCGAUGCGUUGGAUACGGGGGGCCCACUUGGGAUUUGGAGGGUGGGGAUUGGGUUACAGUGAGGGAGAGAUGCGACGGAACGAUGAUUGGUGGGUCACACUGUGAGUUCGUGAUUAGUGGAAACGUGAUGUGAAGUCUCGAAGAUACGAAGAUUAUGAUAUGAUGGGUAUUCGGGUGGAUUUAGAGAAAUUAGAUUAGGGAUUAGUGGGAAUUCUCAAUUUUUUUGGGAAAUGAAUAUGAAUUCGUUGUAUAACCCAUGAUUUUUUCGAUCCAAAUUUUCAAUUAUUUGGUCCCGUCUAAUUGUUAUUCAUCUCUGAAAAGAGUGAACAAGAGGUGGGGUCACAUCCACAUACAAAAUCUAAAUUAGAUUUACUGUUAAAUUGGAUUUUGAAAUCGUAUGAUUGGAUUUGUUGGGUUUCAAAAUCCAAAAUAACUUGCUUUAAUGCACCUUUCCACUAUGAUUUUUUAGGUUAAUAACAAUAAUAAUACGGAGAGAUGGUGAUGGUAGGGACAGACAUGCAAAUAACCUUAAGCUGUAUGAAGCAAAAGGGUGGCCAAUUACGUUUCCUGAAUCA